AUGGUUAAUAUACUUCGUUUGCCAGAAACACGAUCUGAUGAAGGGCAAGAUAAUUUUUUUCAUUGGUCUAUGGUUAUUUUACCUAUAUUGGCUGAAGCUGCUUAUGUAUUUGAUGCAUCUUAUUACUUAACACAUCAUUCAAAUAAUAAUGGUUAUGAAGGUUUAUGUUCAACAAUUUUAAUUGUUUUUGCAUAUCUUCGUUAUUGUUCACCGAUUGAAAACCGUGUAUCACUUUUUAUAUAUUAUAUCUUAUUAUGCUUAUUAAGUGAAACUGGUACAAUUGUUUAUUUGAUAACAUUUAUCAUAAAAAAAGAUUUAUUUUCUACAAUAGAUUAUAUUUUAUGGAGUUUACUUGAACUAAUAUUCACAAUAAUGUUAAUUUAUUGUCGAAUUAUAAAGAAAUAUCAAAUAAAUUUUAUUGUCGAAAAUAAGCAUUUAUUUCACUUUAUGUCUCGAUUAGAAAUUAUUUUAGCUGUGUUUUUACCAUUUUUUGUAAGUAAAAAUUUUACAUCAUUAACGCAAAAUUCGAUUGCUUUUUUCUUAUUAUUUGAUUUUUUUUCUGAUUCAUAUGUUCGUUUUCGAGGGGUGUGGAUAAAAUUCGCAUUAUAUUUAUUUGUUACAACUGUUACAUUAACCGUUGCUACUGAGUGGCUUUAUUUUGCUACAAAAAUACAUUUUUAUGAACAAAUAUCAGCUAUUAGCGAAUUAGUUUCAGCUUAUUUAUGUGUUUUAUUAAUUAUUUUGCAAUUUUUUCCACAUCAUUUUACACCAACUAAUAUAAUAAAAAUAUCACGAGAAGGCUUUACAUUUCAACAGAAUUUUAAUAUGGAUACAAUAAUCAAAGAUGAAUAUCAAAAUACAACUCGAGAGAAAUUAGACAAAAUUGUUACAACUAUUGAUUCAUAUUGUUAA